UCUUCAUCGUCAGACUUCCUUCGCGGGUUUUUUCGUUUUUACCAACGUCACCCGGCAGCAUCAAUCUCCCCCUGAUAUCUUUACAUCUAGGGGAUUGCCAAGAUGCCGCCUCCUCCGCAUCAGAAGCCUGAGAAUGUUCUCAAGCGCGCGCAGGAGCUCAUCGGUGUCAACCAGGCUCCUGCCGCCUUGAACCUUUUACACGAUCACAUCACUUCUAAGCGUUCGCGAAAUGUCCCCAUCGUCUCUUUGGAGCCUGUGAUGCUCCUCUUGGUUGAGCUAUCUGUCGAACAGAAAAAGGGCAAGCUCGCCAAGGAUGCGCUUUAUUCCUACAAAAAUAUUGCCCAAAACACCAACAUCAGCACUAUUGAACUUGUUCUUAAGAAGUUCAUCGAGUUGGCCGCCGAAAAGGUCACAGAGGCACAAAAGAAGGCAGACGAAGUUCAAUCAAGCAUCGAGGCUACUGCAACCUCCAGCAUCGAUGAUCUAGAAGCCAGUGAGACUCCUGAGUCCAUCCUGCUGGCCACAGUCUCGGGUGAACAAUCAAGAGACCGUACCGAGCGUGCCGUAGUCACACCAUGGCUCAAGUUCCUCUGGGAGGCUUACCGAACCGUUCUCGAUAUUUUACGAAACAAUGCAAGACUCGAAAUCCUCUACCAGAGCACCGCCACCCAGGCCUUCGACUUUUGUCUAAAGUACCAGAGAAAGACUGAGUUCCGACGUCUCUGCGAACUUCUACGAAACCAUGUUCAGACCGCCGCCAAAUACUCGAGCCAGAUGCACGCCAUCAACCUGAACGACCCCGAUACGUUGCAACGACAUCUCGAAACUCGUUUUCAGCAACUAAACGUCGCCGUAGAACUUGAACUAUGGCAAGAGGCGUUCCGAAGUGUCGAAGAUAUCCACACUCUCCUAAACCUUAGCAAGCGACCUCCCAAGAACGUCAUGAUGGCCAACUACUACGAGAAACUUACUCGAAUCUUCCUUGUCGGCGAGAACUACCUCUUCCAUGCUGCUGCUUGGUCCCGAUACUACAGCCUCCUUCGACAAUCCGCGGCUCUUGUAGCAACCGGUCAGACCAAGAAAGCCGACAACCCAUCCGCCACAGAGGCAGACCUCCAAAAGGCCGCUUCCUUCGUCCUCCUAUCGGCCCUCUCUAUUCCUGUCAUUAGCACCUCCCGAUCGCGAGGUGCAAUGGUCGACUUUGAUGAGGCUAAGAAGAACAAGAAUUCGCGUCUUACACACCUCCUUGGCAUGUCUACUGCUCCCACCCGUGCUGGCUUGUUCCGAGAUGCUCUCUCUAAGUCACUUCUGAAGCGCGCCCGCACAGAGAUUCGGGAUCUUUACAACAUUCUUGAGGUUGACUUCCAUCCUCUAUCCAUCUGCCAAAAGAUAUCCCCCAUUUUGUCCCAAAUCGGUGCGGACUCCGAAAUGGAAAAGUACAUCUUGCCUCUCCAACAAGUCAUCUUGACUCGACUCUUCCAACAAUUGUCUCAAGUAUACGAGUCCGUUGACCUAGCAUUCGUAGAGAGUCUUGCCAAGUUCCCGGAUCCCUUCCAGAUUACUCGUGGAACCAUAGAGAAGUUCAUCAUGAAUGGUAACAAGAAGGGCGAUCUCUCCAUCCGCAUGGAUCAUGCCACCGGUAUUCUCAACUUUGACAAAGAUGUUUUUGCCUCAUCUAAGGCUGUCCAUGCCGGCUCGGCAGCUGGCUCUGCCGAAAGCCCGGUCGGAUCCGUACAGCGUCUCCAGAGCACUCCUUCGGAGAUUGUUCGCUCGCAGCUUAGCCGACUUACGAGUACUCUGUACACCACCUGCUUCUAUAUUGACCCGUCUCUACGACAGCGUCAAAUACAGGCUAGGCAGGAAGCCCUAGCCAGGGCCAAGUCUGGUGCUGAGCAAGAACAUCUCGAUACUCUAGCUCGCAAGAGUAUUAUCCAGAAGCGUAAGGAAGAGGCCUCUGAACUGCAAGCAAAGAGAGAAAAGGAGAAGGCGAGACAGAAGCGUCUUCAAGAACAAGCACUGGCAGAAGCUGAGGAACGACGAUUAGCUCAGGAGCAGAAGGAACGUGAAGAGAAGCGCCUCAAAGAUGAGAGAGAUCGUGUUCGCAAGGAAGAACUUAAGAAGCAGAUCGCCGAUCUUAAAAUCGGCCCGAAUGCUAUCGACAUUGAUCUCGAGAAUUUGGACGAGUACGACAGCAACCGUCUUCGUGCUAUGAAGCUCGCUCAACUCGAGCGUGAGAAGAAUGACAUCAAUGAGAAACUCCGUAUCACAGGAAAGCGCAUUGAUCACCUUGAGCGUGCUUUCAGGAAAGAGGAAGCCAAGAAGCUCCCCGAGGACUACGCCAAACAGCGUGAGCGUGAUUUAGCUGCAUACGAAGCUACGAAGGCGGAGACACUCAAGGAGUCGAAGGAGAAGCACAAGGAGAGUGUUGAGCUAAAGCACCGUCUAAGCAAGCUGAUGCCAUACUACGAGUCAUUCAGGAAGUCUCUACACGACCGUCGUCGUGAUGAGUUUGAGAAACGCCAACGUGAUGCUGAGAGGGAGCUAGAGAAGCAGAUCACCACUCGUAAGAAGGAAUACCGCGAGCGUAAGCUCCGGGAGAAGCGAGAACGGGAAGAAAAGGAGAGAGCUCUCCGAGAGGCAGAGGAGCGCGCCGAAAGGGAGAAGCAAGAGGCGGAGAAACGCGCUGAGGAGAGUCGCCUGGAGAAGGCUAGACUUAAGGAAAAACGAGAAAAGGAACGCCAAGAGCAGUUGGAGAAGGCCGCUUUCCAGGCCAGAAGAGAAGAAGAGGCAAUGGCCAGGAAACAAGCUGAGAAAGAAAGAGAGCGUAUGCCUCCCCCCCGACGCGAACCCGUUGCUAUGGAUCGGACGGCUUCCAAUGACCGACCUUCCGGUGCUCCACGUCUCCCUCUCGCUGGAACCAAACCUUCCUGGCGUGAGCGUGAAGCGUCUAAGAACGCUGCUACUGCUGGCCCCGCUGGCAGCAAUGGACCAAGUCGCACUAGCACCCCUAUGGAGCGCACGGAUUCCAACGAGCGUCCCUCCGCGGGACCACCCCGGCUUAACCUUGCAGGAAACAAGCCUUCGUGGCGCGAGCGUGAGGCGGCUAAAAAGGCUGGCGGCGACUCUAGUGCUCCACCUGCCCCCAGGGGGAGAGAGAGGGAAAGGGAGAGGGACAGUGCACCUCCGGCUCAAGCCGCACAAGCUCCCACCGAGACUCUAAAGCCUUCUGGUGCUCCUGGAAAAUGGGUCCCCCAUCAUCUCCGUGAGAAGCAAGGUUAAAAAGGUGGCAUUGAGAGGCAUCGAAGGACGGCGUUACGGGGGUUUGGGUUUAGUAUGUGACUCGCUUGUACCUUAGGUUCACGAAGAGAAAUAAACUGCCUUCAUAAUUUUGCCAAUACAGCCGGUGUCACAUAGCGAGCCCAUCUGUGUUUUCUGCGGUUCAUUUGCUUUGGUGAGAUGCGGUCAAUUCACGUAUUGUACUAUUAAGUGCCUGAGAAUCUAAGGUACACACGAGAUAGUCGCAAUAGAAACAUGCAUGAUUUUUGCCGAAAGU